UGUAGCAAGUAUCGUCAGAGACGACGAUCGAGUGCACAACGAUAUGAUUUUGGCAACAAUUUGUUGUACUAAAUAUUGUUUUUGUUGAAGUGUUAUUGAGAAAAAACUAGAGAAGUAUCAAGGUUCGGGGCUUGGCAAGACAAGGAAAUGGCUUUGACAAAUGACAAAUAUCGCAAAUUGCUCAAAGAAAUUGCGGAUAAUUUAACUAUAAGUGACGUUGGUUCAAUAAAGUUUGUCUGUAGAGGAGACUCAGUCGGUGCUGCUGUACUUGAUAAAAUAUCUGAUCGUGAACCUUUAACAUUAUUUAAUACGCUUCAGGAAAGACAGAUUAUAUCCUCUGAAAACCUAACGUGGUUGCAAGAUGUCUUAAAAAGAAUUCAACGUAUUGAUUUAUCCAGAAAAAUUCCCAAUUAUUGUGUAGAUACGUCAGUUGAUGCUGGUUAUGUUGGGGGGGCUAGUCCUACUAGCCCAAUAUCUAGCAGUAUGGUUUCUAUAUCUUGUAUAUCGCCUUAUCGGAGUAUCUUAAAGGCAAUAGCAGAUGAAUUAACAGCAGACAAUAUAAGUGAAAUGAAAUUCUUAUUGGAUGUUCCAGGUGGUAUUGGUGGAAAACUCACAAAUGGAGAAACCUUCUUGAAUUAUAUGGAAGGGAUUGGAAAGCUGACUGAAGAUGAUUUUUCUAAUUUAAAAGAUCUUUUAAAUGAUAUUCAUCGAAAGGAUGUUAUUGCUAUGAUUGAUAAAAUGCUUCCAAAAAAAAAUGAUGUGCCAUCCUCCCCAUCAGAAAGAGAUCCAAAAUUAUGUUAUCCUAUGGAUAGUCGCCCUCAUGGAUUUGCACUUAUUGUAAAUAUAGAAAAAUUUUCUUGCAAAGUAACAAGGGAUGGUGUGCAAUUGAGAGAGCGAAAAGGAUCAAAGGUUGAUGUAAUUAAUCUUGAAAAACUUUGGGAAACACUGGGCUUUGUUGUUGAAAAACAUACAGAUUUGAAAGGUCAUGAACUGUACAAAGUUGCUUCAGAUAUGGCCAAAAGAAUCAACAUAGAGCAAAAGUCCAGUUGUUUUGUCUGUUGUAUCAUGUCACAUGGGGAAAUGGGUAAAAUAUAUGGAACAGAUGGAGAUUAUGUGAACAUCAAAGAGAUCACCAAUUUUUUUAAAGCUCAAAAUUGUAAUGCAUUAAAAGGAAAGCCAAAGUUAUUUUUUAUUCAAGCAUGUCGAGGAACUUUGACGCAGAUUGAUUCAAGUCUUUAUGCAAGUUCUACCACAAUGCCUGUUACCCACACAGAAACACAUCAACCCACCGAUUCAGGAAAUCAAACUCCAGUCUCAAAUCAGAUGCAUUCUGAUGCAAAUCCUGUGUCCAAUACUUCGAAUCAAGAUAAAUAUAAACUUGAUUCUGAGGCAAAUGAUUCAACUUUCCGUCAUAAAGCCGAUCCAAAUGAGCAAGACUUUUUUCUUGGUUAUUCAACUGCACCUGGGUAUGUGAGUUUCCGGAGUGUUGAUCAUGGAACAUGGUACAUCAAAGCACUGACAAUGAGUCUCGGGCAACAUUAUCAAACUGAAGAUUUUUUGUCUAUGAUGUUGAGAGUUAAUGACGAGGUGACCCAAGCAUACACCAAAAAAAAUGAAAAACAAUGUCCUGUACCCGUGUUCACUCUUGUAAAAAAAAUAUAUUUCAUGGCUUUGACAAAUGACAAAUAUCGUAAAUUUCUCAAAGAAAUUGCGGAUAAUUUAACUUUAAGUGAUGUUUGUUCAAUAAAGUUUGUCUGUAGAGAUUCAGUCGGUGCUGCUGUACUUGAUAAAAUAUCUGAUCGUGAUCCUUUAGCAUUGUUUAAUAUGCUUCAGGAGAGACGGAUUAUAUCUUCUGAAAACUUAAUGUGGUUGCAAGAUGUCUUAAAAAAAAUCCAACGUGUUGAUUUAUCAAGGAAAAUUCCCAUUGAAUGUUGUGUGGAUUCUUUGGUUGAUGGUUGUGGUAGUUUGCCUGUGUCAGGUACUAUCUCCACUGUCCCCAUAUCCAGCAAUAUGGUACCUCCUUCAAGUGGUAUAUCACCUUAUCGGAGUAUUUUAAAGGCAGUAGCAGAUGAAUUGACGUCAGAUAAUGUUAGUACUAUGAAGUUCUUAUUGAAAGUUCCAGGUGGGAUAGGAGAGGACAUUAAAAAUGGAGAAACUAUCCUAGAUUAUAUGGAAAGGGAUGGAAAGCUCUCUGAAGAUGAUUUUUCUUAUUUAAAAGAUCUUUUAAAUUAUAUUCCUCGAAAGGAUGUUAAUGAUAGGAUUGAUAAAAUGCUUGCAAAAAAAGAUGUGCCAUCCUCUCCAUCAGAAAGAGAUCCAACAUCAUGUUAUCCUAUGGAUAGUCGCCCUCAUGGAUUUGCACUUGUUAUAAAUAUAGAAAAAUUUUCUUGCAAAGUCACAAGUGAUGGUGUGCAAUUGACAGAGCGUGAGGGAUCAAAUGUUGAUGUUAUUAAUCUUGAAAAACUUUGGCAAACACUGGGCUUUGUUGUUGAAAAACAUACAGAUUUGAAAGGUCAUGAACUGUACAAAGUUGCUUCAGAUAUGGCCAGAAGAAUCAACAUAGAGCAAAAGUCCAGUUGUUUUGUCUGUUGUAUCAUGUCACAUGGAGAAAUGGGUAAAAUAUAUGGAGCAGAUGGACAUUAUGUGAUGAUCAAUGACAUCAUCAAUUUUUUUAAAGCUGAAAAUUGUAAGGCAUUAAAAGAAAAGCCAAAGUUAUUUUUCAUUCAGGCAUGUAGAGGAAAUGCAGGGAUAAAUCCAAAACGUAAUAUGAGUUCCACUCCAACACCAGUAACCAAUACAGAAAUACAUCAUCCUUCUGAUUCAGGAAGUCAAACUUUAGUCUUGGAUCACAUGCAUUCUGAUACAACUCUUGUGGCCAACAGUUCAAAUCUAGACAAAGAUGAACUUGAUGGAGAAAAUGAUUUAGCUAUUCGGCAAAGUGUAGAUCCAAAUGAACCAGACUUUUUUCUUGGUUAUUCAACUGCUCCAGACAGAUAUAACUAUUGUUUAACUAUGGUACGAAGAAGUGCUCGUCUCAAGAACAAAGCUGUGGAAAUUUCAAAAGAAAAUACUGAAGAAACACUUAAGGAUUUAGUAAAAUCUACGUAUACUAUUAUGAAAGAAAACUUAAAAAAUACUCGUCGUACCAUUUCGAUAAACGAUGGACCGUUGGCUUGCGGAGAAGGAAAUGAAGACGAGUUAUUCAGCGUUUGUGUGGCAUCUCAAAUAAAAACGUGUCGAAGAAUCAAACAUUUGCUACUGAACUUGAUUCAGGCGUUGAUAUGAAUGAUCUUUAUUUCAACAUGGAUGAAACAAAUACUACAGUCAUUGCUGGAAAUAUUGACCAAGGACUUAAUGAGAAACAG